GAAGUUCCUCCGGCUUGCCCCUCUCCUAAUCGACGACGGCUCUCACUCUUUCAGGUCAUUCUCAUCAGUUACCGGAGUUCAUUCCGGGGUGUUUUCCAGCUUUUCUCCGGAGUGCUUCCGCUUCUAGUGGUGUGGUUCUUUUUUCUGUUCAAAUGGCUCGAUCUCUGACUACGGCUUCUCUGCGACCUUCUCCUUCGUUUCCAAAGGAUCUCUGUGCUUUUUUAACUCUGAGGCGUCCACCGGCAUCGACUUUGUCAAUUAUUCCGCCUUCUCCACCAGAUCCGCUAGAACCUCCAGACCCUCUUGAUCCCUUGCUAGUACGGAAUUUCGCCGGUGUGGUCUCGUGGCCUUUGUUGAUUUGUUUCGUUUCCUCUCUGUCUCCGGCAAGUCAGAUUUCUAAAUUUUUAGAUCUGAGCUCAAUCCCUUUGGUGGCUUCGUUGAGUGCCUUAUCACCUAUCGUUGGGUCUUCUUGGGGUGCUCUUUUUGCCUUUAGGCACUCCCUUAUUGCAGUAUGCAGGCUAUAUUCCGGUUUUGAUCCAGCUCACGUCCCUACCAGAUUUAUUGUAGGGAAGAAGAUCUUCUGCGGUGAAGCUAGGCUCACUUUCGCAUCUCUAUGUGAUAUGGAUUGGUGGUUCUCGAUCGUCAUUGAAGUUCCCCUUUUCGAUGGAAUUGUCUGUCGUAAUGUCGCAUUCGCAUUGCUAGCGAAAGAACGUAGCUUGAAGGCCUCCUUGGAAGCAAAGGAUGGUGCUAGAAUCGGUUGUCUUGGUUUAGUUGUUUCUCGGAUUAAGCUUGUUAGCUCCCCUCUAUCAUUAUUUCUCUCUUUGAGUUAUUGAUUUUGCUUAAGCUUUUUCAAUUGCUCGACUAACGUAUUAGUCGUUAGUUUGAUUUGUUUGGCUCUUAGUAGCCUUUUGUAUCCUCUUCUCAUAGAGACAAAACUCUUAUAGUUUGAAUGAAAUUCCAGUGAUCACCAAAAC